ACUUUCGAAUGCAGCGCCAAUUCAGUUAACGUUCUCAACUAACACAGUAAACCGAAACCCAAAUCAGUUCCCACUCUCUCUCUACAAUCUUGAAGUGUUGUAUCUAGAGAGAGAAAAUCAAGAAAAGAGAAUUCAAGAAUGUCAAUACCAUUUCUUGAAACCAGCAAAAUGAGAAAAACAAAGCCAAAAGUUCAUAAUUUCCAUAGUUUUUGUGACCCUUCAGUAAACCCUACUGGUUUUGGUUCUUCUUUUAGAGACAACAUCAGACUUUUUCUUCAAGAAUUUGCAGAGCCUGAAGAUUACAGUGUUGAUGGAAUGCCUAUUUGGUGCACUCUUCUUCAAACUAAGAGCUUCGUUUUGCCUCUCUACACCAUCGAAGAGGACGUUACCUACUCCCCAGUUCCCUUUUGUGAUCGCUGCAGAUGUACUGGUUGGGGUGAUAAUUUUGUGUCUAAGAGAAGAUAUCAUGUGAUUAUACCAAUUGAUGGAGAGUGGAAUAAGAGACUUGAAGAGGGUGUUUUUGAUGUUCAUACUCAUAUCUUACAUGGCUUGAUUCACUGCAAUGGGUUUGGUCAUUUGCUCUGCAUCAAUGGCAUUGAAGGUGGCUCUAAAUCUGUUUCCGGAAGAGAAAUUAUGGAUCUUUGGGAUCGUUUCUGCGAAAAUUUACGCGCUAGAAAAAUCAGCGUCGAGGAUGUUUCGAAGAAGCGAUCGAUGGAGCUUCGAUUACUUUAUGGAGUUGCAUAUGGUCAUUCAUGGUUUGGUAGGUGGGGCUAUAAAUUCUGCCGUGGAAGUUUUGGUGUUACAGAGCAAAACUAUAGCAUUGCAGUUGGAAUUCUGAGCUCUUUAGAGCUUGAUAAGGUCAUUGAGGAUUUCAGCAGCACAGAUGAUUACAAAGAACUGAAGCAGAUGAUUGAUUACUAUCGAAACUUAAGCGAAACUCGAUUGAUCACAUUCAGAGAGCUUCUGAGGUUCCUGCUCACCAUCAAAUCCCGCCCUUGUGCUCAGAUUAAACUAAAACUGGCUCCUAAGAUUCGUGCUUCUCCAGCUGAAAUUGUCUCAGCUUUUGCUUCGAAGCCUACUCCUCGCGUAGCAGCAUUGCGAAAGAAGGUUGCAGGAAAAAAGAAGAUUCACCAUUUAAAAUAUAGAAAAUUUAGUUCUAUGAUUGAUCAUGCAAACUCUAGAUGGCCUGCAAGAAGACUAGAGUUUACAGCUGGGGUGAUUGUGGAUACCUUAAAGGCCAAGAAACAGGAAGAUGAGUAUGGUGAUGGAGGAAUGACUAGGCAAGAUGUGAGAGAUGCGGCUCGAAUGCACAUUGGUGAUACUGGUUUGCUGGAUUAUGUGCUGAAAUCAAUGAACAAUGUGAUUUUUAAAAAUCAUGUUGUUCGUCGCAAAGUAAAUCCGAAAACCAAGCUUUUGGAAUUCUCACUUGAUGAUGAGAUUGGUAACAAUGUGUUUGUUAAAUUCACUAAAUCAGAAUACAAAGCUGUGCUUCCAAUGGUACGGCAACCUACAGUUCCGGGAGCUGAUUUAUAUGCGGAUUUGGGUUAUCUGUACUCGAAAGUUCUGAUGAACUACCCUGAAUCAGAAUUGGUUGAAUUAGCUACUCAGACAAUUCUUGACACGAAGCAUUUUGUUAAGGAAUGGCCUUUUAAAGACGAAGAAGAUCAGUUAUUGAGAUUCAUGUGCCAAAUUCUGCCUGAUGUGAUUCAAUUAGAAGAUGACUUGAAGAACAUGAAGAAACUACCUCCUGGAGAAAUCAUUAUUCUUCCGCUGCACGCGACAGUUGCAGAGCUGAAGCAAUCUGCAGAAAAUGCAUUGCGGGAUACUUACUGUAUCCUUGAUAAUCUUGAGGUGACAGAGAUCGAUGGGAUGGAAGAACUAGCCGAUGAAGAGUUGCUGUUUGGAAGUAUGGAAUCUGGUGCUGAAAUUUUUGUUAGAGGGAAUGGAAUAGAUUUGAAUAGUGAGCUGAGGUAUGAGAGUGGACCUGAUAACUGGAAGGUGAGAUGCGUCUGUGGAGCAGAAGACGACGACGGAGAGAGGAUGAUCGCUUGUGAUAUAUGUGAGGUGUGGCAGCAUACUCGGUGUAAUGGAAUUGAUGAUUCUGAGACUGUGCCUCCACUUUUUGUGUGUAGAAGUUGCUGUGAUUCUAUGACGGAUUCAGGAAAUAAAAUGAGAGUGGAAAUUGGGAACUGUGAUGAUGAUCUGUUGAUGAAUCCAGCAGGAAAGUUGUUUACAGACUUUGCCAGAGAUGGUAUUGGAAUGUUGAUAUAGGAUGAUGAGGCACUGUAUUUUCUGAUUCUGUUGGCAUUUCUCUGCAAUCAUUAUUGUUGAGACUGUAAAGUUUUUGUGUGCAACAAUCAGAUUAUUGAGUCAUGUUCAAUUGUUUAGUAAAGGAAAAUGUAUUUGUAUAUUCAAUGAGUAAAAUCUCCUUCAGGCCUCA